AUGGCUAAGCAGGGUCAAGGUUCAGAGGCAGUCAGGGAUCGGCCAGCGCAUCGACUGGGGUCGAGCCCCACCCCGCACCCCAGCCCCGAGCCCGCCCGGAGCGUUACUCGGCCCCGUUUGACCGGACACCGAGGGCCUUCCGUCCAGAGCCGUGUCUGCGGACCCCUGCCCCUUUCUACUCGGCCCGAGCGCCUCCUCUUUACAGUGGGGAAACCGAGGCCCCGGGGCGCGGGCAGAGGGCAGGGGCCCCGCCCCCCGCCGGGGACGUCACAAAAACGGCCCCCCAAGCCCCGGCGGGCCCGGCGGAGGCCGGCGCAGCCCAGCCCUGCCCGCCUCCCCGCGCACAGGCGUCCGGGGGUGCUCCUGCGAGCAGGGGGCGGCCGCGGCCUCCCAGGGCGGCGGAAGCGCCAAGGCGCCUGCGCGCUCGGCCCCCUUCCCUCCCGUCGGCCGCGCUCCGGGAGCGAGGCGGGGCCAGGGAGGGGACUCUGCUUCCCGGCGUGCCCCGCGGGCGGGCGCGCAGGCGCAGUCGGGGCCUGGCCGCGGCGCGCAGGGCGCAGCGCGGGGCGGCCGGGCCGAGGCGGGAGGGCCGCGCGGGCGGCAGCGGCGCCAGAGCGAGUGGAGCGCUCGGGGGCUCCGGGCGGCGGCGGCGGCGGCGGCGGCGCAGAGGAGCAAGGCGGCGGCGGCCCCGGCCCAGGCCCCCGCGGCUCACCCCCGCCUGGCGCGCGGCCCGGCCCGUCUCACGAUGCCCGCGGCGGCCCCGCGGCCCAGCGCGCCCCCCGGCCCCGGCUCGGGGCCCCUCCGCCUCCGCCGCCGCCGCCAGCCGCCAUGGCCCGGCCGCUGGUGCCCAGCUCGCAGAAGGCGCUGCUGCUCGAGCUCAAGGGGCUGCAGGAGGAGCCGGUCGAGGGCUUCCGGGUGACGCUGGUGGACGAGGGCGACCUGUACAACUGGGAGGUGGCCAUCUUCGGGCCCCCCAACACCUACUACGAGGGCGGCUACUUCAAGGCACGCCUCAAGUUCCCCAUCGACUACCCGUACUCACCGCCUGCGUUUCGGUUUCUGACUAAGAUGUGGCACCCAAACAUCUACGAGACAGGGGACGUGUGCAUCUCUAUCCUGCACCCACCCGUCGACGACCCCCAGAGUGGGGAGCUGCCCUCAGAGCGGUGGAACCCCACGCAGAACGUCAGGACCAUCUUGCUGAGCGUCAUCUCCCUCCUCAACGAGCCCAACACCUUCUCUCCGGCCAACGUGGAUGCAUCUGUGAUGUACAGGAAGUGGAAGGAAAGCAAAGGGAAGGAUCGGGAGUACACAGACAUCAUCCGGAAGCAGGUCCUGGGGACCAAGGUGGACGCGGAGCGCGAUGGUGUGAAGGUGCCCACCACACUGGCCGAGUACUGCGUGAAGACCAAGGCCCCGGCGCCGGACGAGGGCUCGGACCUGUUCUAUGAUGACUACUACGAGGACGGCGAGGCAGAGGGGGAGGCCGACAGCUGCUUCGGGGACGAGGAUGACGACUCGGGCACCGAGGAGUCCUGACCCCCAGCAAAAUAAACUUACAAAUUUUACCUCAC